UUUUUUCCUACGUUGUUUAAUUAAUACUUCAGCAAUCCUACUGGUGCAGGUGUUUUGUUGCUUCGUGUCACCCUGCUUAAUGCAAUGAGCCACUAAAGGUUCAAAGCCACUAACGGGGUCCAUUUUUCUAGCUCUCAACAUGAGUGCAGCUGGCAUGGCUGAUGAGCGAACCCACACGCCAGCAACAACUGUUGAUGAGCCACCAACAACUGUUGAUAGGCCCUCAACAGAAGUUCGUGGCAGCCAUACACCAUCACCAGAGCCUGAGCUAACACCUGGCACGGCCAAUGAGGCAAGCCACACGCCAGCAACAAGUGCGGAUGGGCCUUCCCAAGCCACUCAUAACCGUACACCAUUGCGAGCAGGGAGAAGCCAAAAUGAGGCAACGCUGGCGUUUUUGGAGGCCAGGUAUAAUCAAGACGUAGAAAUGCGCCUCCUCAGCUACCAGAUCGACAGAAGAAAGCUGGACCUCAAAAUUCGCCAGCACGAAGACAACAUGAAGCUGCUACACCAGCGACAUGCCGACGACGUCAGAUUAAGGGAAGCGGAAAUGGAAAUGAGAAGGAUGGAAAUGGUGGCAGUACUUGAAGAGAGGCGUGCUAACGCAGCAAACCAAGCAUCUCAACUUCGGUUGAUCAAAGAACUCAGUGAGGGAAAAAAAGAAUAAACUAUAAUAUCAAUAGUGUGAUUGCUAAAAA